UGGCCGGGGGCGCGGCUGCGGUUGCGCCAUCUGUCAGGCGGGGGAGCGAGCCGGAGCCGGGCUCCGCCGCUGUCGCUCGGGAGGGGAGGACGCGGCGAGUCGGAGCGACGAUCCUGCGCGCCCGUCUCCCUCCCUCCCCCGGCUGCAGCCCGCGCGCCGCUGCCUCGGCUCCCGGGGUCUUCGCUGCCUGGGCGCGGAGCCGCCGGAGCUCGCCCCGCUCCUUGCUGCGCCCGUGUGGUCCCUGGAAGAGCCGGCGUUGGCGGGCGGGGAGGAGUCACCUGCGGAGGGCCCCCCGCCGCGAGGGGGAUGCUGUGAGCUUGGCUUCGCCGCGCCAGCCCCGCGCUGAGCUUCAGGAGGAGGGAUUACUGUAGUGCUGAUAGGGAGUUGCACCUUUAACAACUGCCCAGACUUGUGAUCAGAAGACAAUAACAUGAACCUGUUUUAGAAGAAAUGUGGUGAAUAUCAACUUACUUUAGUUGGGGGGGACAUUCUGGAUUUUAGAUAAUGGGCUGUGUGCAAUGCAAGGAUAAAGAAGCAACAAAACUGACAGACGAGAGGGACGGCAGUUUAACUCAGAGUUCAGGAUAUCGCUAUGGCACAGAUCCCACUCCACAGCACUACCCUAGUUUUGGUGUGACUUCAAUUCCAAACUACAACAACUUCCAUGCAACAGGAGGCCAGGGACUGACUGUCUUUGGGGGUGUCAAUUCCUCUUCUCAUACUGGGACUUUGCGUACAAGAGGAGGAACAGGUGUAACUCUUUUUGUGGCGCUUUAUGACUAUGAAGCAAGAACAGAAGAUGACUUAAGUUUUCAGAAAGGAGAAAAAUUUCAGAUACUUAACAGCUCUGAAGGAGACUGGUGGGAGGCACGUUCCUUGACAACGGGAGAAACUGGUUACAUUCCCAGUAAUUAUGUGGCUCCAGUCGACUCCAUCCAAGCAGAGGAGUGGUACUUUGGCAAACUUGGCCGAAAAGAUGCUGAGAGACAGCUGUUGUCAUUUGGAAACCCACGAGGUACCUUCCUUAUCCGUGAAAGUGAAACCACCAAAGGUGCCUAUUCCCUGUCUAUUCGUGAUUGGGAUGAUAUGAAAGGAGACCAUGUAAAACAUUAUAAGAUUCGUAAACUUGACAGUGGCGGAUAUUAUAUCACAACUAGGGCACAGUUUGAAACUCUUCAGCAGCUAGUUCAGCAUUAUUCAGAGAGAGCUGCGGGUCUUUGCUGCCGCUUAGUAGUCCCCUGUCAUAAAGGAAUGCCAAGGCUUACUGAUCUAUCUGUCAAAACCAAAGAUGUCUGGGAAAUUCCACGAGAAUCCCUACAGUUGAUCAAGAGACUGGGAAAUGGGCAGUUUGGGGAAGUAUGGAUGGGUACAUGGAACGGAAAUACUAAAGUGGCAAUAAAGACUCUGAAGCCUGGCACAAUGUCCCCAGAAUCCUUCCUAGAGGAAGCUCAGAUCAUGAAGAAGCUAAAGCAUGACAAGCUAGUCCAGCUUUAUGCUGUGGUGUCUGAAGAGCCCAUCUAUAUUGUCACCGAGUACAUGAAUAAAGGGAGUUUGCUAGACUUCUUAAAAGAUGGAGAAGGAAGAGCCUUAAAGUUACCGAAUUUAGUGGACAUGGCAGCACAGGUUGCUGGAGGGAUGGCGUACAUUGAGCGAAUGAAUUAUAUACACAGAGACCUGCGAUCUGCAAAUAUCCUGGUGGGGAAUGGCCUAAUAUGCAAGAUUGCUGACUUUGGAUUAGCAAGAUUGAUUGAAGAUAACGAAUACACAGCGAGACAAGGUGCAAAGUUCCCCAUUAAAUGGACUGCGCCAGAAGCAGCAUUGUAUGGAAGGUUCACAAUAAAAUCAGACGUAUGGUCUUUUGGAAUAUUACUCACAGAGCUUGUAACAAAAGGGAGAGUGCCAUACCCAGGUAUGAAUAACCGUGAAGUCUUGGAACAGGUAGAACGUGGUUAUAGGAUGCCAUGUCCUCAGGACUGUCCCAGCUCCCUGCAUGAGCUUAUGAUCCACUGCUGGAAAAAAGACCCAGAAGAACGUCCAACUUUUGAAUAUUUGCAGGGUUUCCUUGAAGACUACUUUACUGCAACAGAACCCCAGUACCAGCCUGGUGACAACUUGUAAAUUCCUGGUCUACACAGACUGUCAUUAUCAGGUGUCACCCCGCCCCCCCAUUAGCUUCCAACUCAGUGACCGGCUUCGCCAAAGUGCAGCAUCUUCCAGCACCAGAAUGCACAUGAGUCUGAAGUUGAGAACUUCUACAGAACUUGUCCAUGACCACUUGUCCUAAUAAUCUGAAUGUCCUCUAUGACAAGGAGAAAAACAUUUGUUUUUUCUUAAUCAGAGACUCAAACUGCAUUGUAUUGAUGUUACGUAAACUGCAAAACCUCUGUUCAGUGUAAAUAGUAACUUAGUGCCAAUAACUGAUCCUUGUGCUUUCCUUUUUAAAAAAUGCGAAACCUAUGUGAUUUUAACUAGCCUCCUCCCAAUUCAAUUCAAAGUAUUAUUUUCCAAAAGUGGCCUCUUUGUCUAAAACAUUUUUUUUCAUGUUUUAACAAAAAAAAUCAGGACAGGUGUUUGUUUUUUGCUUUUUUAUAUAUAUAUAUAUAUACAUACCUGUACAUACAGUAUAUGGGUUCUGUUGCAGAGGAAACUCAUUUCAGAUUGAAUGAGCCAGGCUGAUACAGUAGUACCCAGAACAUGAUAAUUUUACUGCAAACAUGUAAACACUGGUGAGAUUCUGAAACCCAGUGAUCUAAUUUUUGGCAUUUGCCAAGCAUGAAUUUUUUCAAUUGGAUUGCACUUUUUGUUUAUGACUAUGUACCUGUAGAUGGUUGUAACUUUGCUCUUUCAGGAAUCAUGUGCUGUAUUUACAGUAAUGUUUCCAAUCUUUGACAAGCGUGUUAUGAUUUGUUCUUCAAAUUAAAAUGAACAUAUUUAAAUUAAGAAAAACCACACCAUCACCUUUUGAACUGGAAGACUGAAACUGCAAGUUCUUGUAUCAAAACAUGUAUACUGAAAUGUUUCAAAAACUUUUAUUUAAUAAACAUUGUAACCACAUUCAAAUGAUCCUAAAUCCAUAGCAUUUUAGUCAUGUCCACCUACUAAACUGUUUAUCAUGCAACUAGGAUUUUCUGUUUUAUGUGUAACAUUGCCCAUUGUAAAAUAAGUGUGUUAAAUGUCCUGUACUGCUAAUGAAAUUACUUUCUAUAUGUC